CGCUCUGCCGGUUCUUGAACAACGUACUGACGAAACCCGCUUCGGAUGUUAUCACUUGAUUGAAUGGGCGUUAUCAGUGAUUAUCAGCUCAUUGAUAUGGGCCAGAAGGGGCCUGCUGCGCCUACUGGUAGGCUCAGAAGGCUGUUAUCGUCCAUCCAAAUGGUUAAUCACCGCACGCAAGUAUGACGGUGAAAUUACCACUGGUGUACCAGCAGGGGCGAUCGUUUCCCCAACGCCAUCAACUCCACGCGGACCAAUGACCAGCGAUUUAGUGCAUUAAAAGACGGAUUUUAGAUGACAUCAAGACACAUACAGUUACAUCGGAUCACACAGCGGCUCUUUUAAGAAGCCAUCUCUUGUAAAGUUUUUGCAUGAUGGCCUUUCUCAGACUCUGAAUCUGAUGUGUACAGAUGAACUCAGGAGCCUGUUAAAGUUGCCAGGGAAUGUGAGCUUGAAGUUUAUUAUUAUAACUGCUUAAUUUAUGUUUAAACAAAAAUAAUAAUUAAACAUGGGGUCAAUAGAUAUUUUCUUGUUUUACAGCUGAAGACCAAAAACACAAAGAAAAUCAGUCACAGCUAGCAAGUCAAACCGGUCCUGAUGAAUGAGGAAUGAAUAUGGCCUUCUUGAGCCCAAACAGAAAAAGACAGAGAGCUGGAAGGUUGCACAUUUCCAUUGCUCCUAGAAUAAGCAAAUCAACUCUGCCAUUAUCUUUGGAAUUUGGGCAGGAAAUGAUCGAAUAUGGAGGAUGAAGCCAGUUUGAAGAGAUCAAUUCAACAGUCACCAAGUUCAGCACUGCAGCCUGAACCCAUCAGGUAUCUGCUGUGAGGACUGCAUUCAUGAACGGCUCUACUGUGACAGCUCAGAUGUUACGGUCCAUAAAAGUAAACUUCACAACUGAUCAACUGCGAGAUAGUUAUGGAGGGAUUCUUUUGGCCCAUACCUCCAACAACCUCCAACAGGAGUCAAUGGACAUCUACACCAGGUGGUGUGUGAGGAGGACCGUCAGAGACUCCAGUCACCCAAGCCAUGGACUGCUCUUACCGUUACCAUCAGGCAGAUGUUAUCACAGAACCUACACCAGCAGACUGCCAGACGAGUUCUUUCCACAGGCAAUCAGACUGAACUGAACUCGUACCAGUAACACCACACACAGCACAUCAACCUCAUAUGAACUGCACUCUAUCAUUUACACUGACUGGACUCUGACUCACUAUUAUUCUAUAUCCUGACAUUCUGUUUGUACUAAUUUAUACUGUAGUGCACUGCAGUGGUAUAUGUGUAUUGCGAUUAUUGUGUUUAUUACUGUUUUCAUUUCAUGCUCUCUGUAUAGUAUAAUAUUUACCGUAUGUUGUUCUUUAGCUGUAUUGAGUCCCUUAUAUAUGUGUGUUGCAUAUAUAUAUAUAUAUAUAUAUAUAUAUAUAUAUAUAUAUGUGUAUAUCAAUGGCGCCACCAGGGGGGUGGCCACCCCUGGCCGACUCCUGGCCACCCCAUUGGCCACCCCACUGGCCAGUAUAAAUUUUAGUAGCAUCAGUUAUGCAUCAUCCCUAAUGCACAGCCAGGCAGGCAAGCCGUUCUAGACCUUCGAUCGCACACAGUAGCCAGCCCUCUCCCCCGCCCCGCCCCUCCGUCCAUGCCACUGUUGCGCGCUCAGACAGCAACAGCUCAGCGCGUGCCCGUCGGUCAACAAUUUCAAAAGAAGUUAAGAAAGAAGACAAAGAAGACUACCGGUAAGUAAAUAAGUCAAAAAUAUUCUUUAGUAAAAGAAGAAGGGGAAUUAUGUGUCGUGACAUGUGCUUUUUAAAUUCCAAAUGGUUACAGUAUACUGUUACAGCAGCUUUUUGAUGUGUUUUUGACACGUUUUGACAAGAGUUACCUAGCUAACGUCGUUAGCUGGUGCAUGUAUAUGUUAUGUCAAUUUUCAGACAAUGAAGAGAAAGUCCACAGACAUCUCUUCUUAUUUUAAGAAGAAAAGUACAGAAGGAGGAGUAAAAGAGAUGGCAGGGGAGCAACAGAGGCUUAGUAAUAGUGAGGAGGAGGAGGAGGAGGAGGAGGAGGAGGAGGAGAAGGAUAGGGGAGAGGAACAGACAGAGCAGCAAGACAAGGAUACACAGCCAGCAUUAGUGACAGAACACAAUGACAAGGAAAAACAGACAGCAGCAGCCCAUGGUCAGGGACAGUCAGCACCACUGGUCACAGAAGUGUGGCAGGACACGGCAAAAGCAGGUGUUAGACGUGUUCCUGGACCAACAGAUAUCUCCCAGUCAAGAGCAGAGCAGCCCAAGCAGCCACAUCUGAAAAUCUUCCCUCGUACCUAUCAAGGGGACAGAAGACGAUGCUUCUCUAAAGACUGGUACAACACACAUAAAUGGCUAGAAUACUCUCAGAGUAAAGACUCUGCCUACUGUUAUGCCUGCCGGCACUUCAGUCUCCCCUCCUCGGGUGAUUCAGUAUUUACAUCUGAAGAGGGGUUCAAACAUUGGAAAAAGGCAACCUUCAAAGAUGGGGGACUUUUAGGUCAUGCCAAAUCUGAAGCACAUACUAAUGCAAUGUUAGCAUGGGCAGAGUAUGAAAAAUCCACUGCAAGCACAUCCUCUCUCUCAGCAUCCUUAAAUGCAGAAUACAAUAAAUUAGUGAAGGAAAAUAGAGAGUACAUUAAAGUUGUUGGAGAAACCCUGCUUCUCACAGCUACGCAGAACAUAGCACAGAGAGCACAUAAAGAAUCAGAAGGUGAGAAUAAAGGAAACUUUCUCGCUAUUAUGGAACUGCUAGCCAAACACAAUCCCACAGUCAAAAGAAAAAUGACAAGUCAAAGAAAUGCAACAUAUCUUGGGCAUGACACACAAAAUGAAAUAAUUGAUUGUCUAGCUGAAAUGGUCCGCACUUCAGUAACUAGUGAAGUUUCCCAAAGUGAGGCUUUCAGCAUUUUGGUUGAUGAGACUAAAGACCUAAGCAAAAAAGAACAGAUGUCCUUUGUAAUAAGAUACUAUUACAAUGGGUCAGUAUGCGAGAGCUUCCUUGCCUUUGAGGCAGCACAGCGCCUUGAUGCUGCAGCACUUUCACAGAAAAUAAUUCAAAUUUUGCAGAAGCAUGGUCUUGACUACAAAAACCACCUUGUAGGGCAAGCAUAUGAUGGAGCCUCAGUCAUGAGCGGAAAAAACACAGGUGUGCAAGCACGCAUAAAAUCAGAGGCCCCAUUAGCUUUUUAUGUGCACUGCAAUGCGCAUUGUUUAAAUUUAGUAUUAGUUGACAGUGUGAAAUGCAUCCCUGAAGCUAAUUGCUUCUUUUCUCUUUUGCAGAAACUGUAUGUUUUUGUGUCAGGGUCAUAUGUGCACCAAAGAUGGCUUGAGAUACAGAGGGAGAUGUUUCAGGGGGCCCCAAGAGAGUUACAAAGACUGAUAGAGACACGGUGGGCAUGUAGGUAUAAUGCUUGCAAGACAGUGAGAGACAGACUGUCAGCCAUCAUACGUCUACUAAAAGAAAUAUCAGAAGAGCAAAAUGGUGACAGAGCUGUAGAGGCAAGAGGUUUAUUAGCCCAAAUAGAUCUCAAGUUUGUUAGCCUCCUUGUAACAUUCACCAGUGUUCUUGGUGAGAUAAAAUAUCUGUCAGAUAUUUUACAGUCCCCACAACUUGAUUUGGGCACAGCUGUCACACUUGUUGACUCUCUUGUUGACACAUUGGAGAGUUACAGAGAGGGCUCUCUCUUUAAUGACAUCUGGGACAAUAUUUUAACUCUUACUGAGCAAUGCAACAUCAGUGCCACACCUUCAGGCCGUCAGGUCAGACCAAGCUCUUUGCUUGAAGGGCAUUACUUGUUCACUCCAAUAGUUCAAAGACAAGAGAGCACAGAGAAAGAGUCCUUUCGGACAGGUUCAUUCAUUCCAGUUAUUGAUGUGCUUCUCUCUGAGGUGAAGAGAAGAUUUUCUAAAGAAAAUUGUGUCAUAAUGAAAGGAAUACAGGCCUUGAAUCCGUGCAGUGCCAUAUUUUGUGAGAAAGAUGUAGUGUUUCCAUUUGCCUCACAAUAUAACUGCAGUACUGAGGAUCUAAAAUAUGAGAUCCCCCAGCUUAAGCGCAUUCUUGAGAGGAAGCAAAGUAGUGGUCAGGAAACACCAAAGGCAUUAAUAGAGCUUACUGUCUUUCUGGAGCCAUUUAAGGAGGUCUUCCACCAAAUGUUUAAACUGUGCAAAAUUGCACUUGCACUACCCGUGAGCACUGCAUCUUGUGAGCGCAGUUUUUCUAAGCUAAAGUUAAUCAAAACUGCCUUGAGAAGUACCAUGACUGAUGAGCGUUUAAGCAAUUUGGGUGUGCUGAGUGUAGAAUCAAGAAGGGCUAGGGCCAUAAAUCUUGAUGACUUUGUGGAUGUGUUUGCCAAAAAACAUAGCAACAGGCGAAUAAAGCUAUUCUGAAGCCUGGUAAUCAGAAUCAGAGACUAUUGAUCCCUGUUGGGAAGUUCUUUUUGUAACAGUAAUAAUUAUUUUUGUUUUACAUUAAGCAAAGAUAUAAAUGUUUCUUACACAUACUGUAUAGCCUGGUAAUCAGAAUCAGACUAUUGAUCCCCUGUUGGGAAAGUCCUGUUACAUGAAGCAAAGAUGUGAUUGUUUCUGUCCUUGCUUUUAUUUGUAUCUGCCAGUAUCUGCUUUUCCCCAGUAACUGUUUUGUUUGCAAUAAAUGUACACCUUAUGCCAAAUAUAAUUGCAAAAUAAAAAGAAUUGUUGUGCAACUCAAAAUGUUAACUGUACUGUUAUUAGU